GGCGAGGUUACACAAUAGUACCUUCGUGAACGAGAAAAAUCGGAGAAAUUAGCAAUAGACUGAGUUUGCCUGUCACUAGAGGAGGAUUCCAGGAUGAAAUUAUACGCAUUAAGUGUUGUUCGUAAAGAUAUUAAGUCAAAAACAUUAGUUUCAGCAUACGAUCUUCAAUCCUUUGGAUAUUUUCAGCGUUCAAGGUAGGUUUUAUUUUCAUAAUUUAUCCUCUGAAGGCUGUAUUCGAAAGAAUUUCCAAUUUCAUAUGUGUGCAUCAGAAGUUACACCAAUAAAACCUAGACUUUUCUCCUUGCGUCUUUCUGUUUAAUCAUUAUUCUUUCGUAGUUAAUUGUUUUAUUUUUUUCGUAAUCUAUCAAACUAUUUUUAAAUCAGACGAGCCUGACUCAGUACAAGUAGCUAAUUUGCUUUGAUCAGGCAAGGUAGAAACCGUGAAAACAUGCUUGUAGUGGUUUGCAUGAAAUUUUAUAUGGAUCAGUGACCAGGAAAUCAUUUUUGAAACGUGUGAACUGAUCUCUUUUCAAUUAACAAAUCUGGGAAGUAUAGAGUUCCUUGGUCUGACGAUUUGUAUUUUUUAGCAUCAUAAUCAAAAAAUGAGCGAUUUCUUGAGACUAAUAACUGUAGUUAAACACAUUGUAAUCAUUUUUAGGCAGAUUGACUUAAUUUUUUUAAAUAGUACACUAGUAUUGUGACUGUCCUACUCUUGGUACAUGGAGCCUCCUCUCCCCUCUUGGGAGAAAGGAACAUUGACUGAUUCUUAAAUCAAUACUAAACUUUCUGUUACCCUUAAAGUUAAUAUGUCACAGUUCAAAUUUGCUUACACCUCCUUUACCAAAUAUACCUAGCUUAGCUUAGGACUAGGACUAGUAUAUCUUACAAUUUUUUAGAUUUAAAGUAUUAUGCUGGAUAAUUAUACUCAGUUUUUUUCAAGAGUCCCUUGAGUGUCAGCUCAGUAAAGGUUGUGCUGGAAAAUUAAGGUGAAUUCAAAGUACACACAUUAUGCACUUGAUUUUUCAGUGUGAAAGAAUUUAUGCAGUUUACUGGCCAAAUACUUGUGGAAAGAACAAGAACUAACGAGAGAGCCUCAGUGAAAGAAAAUGGUAGGUUAAGAUUAAUCAGAGAGGAUAAUCCUAGCCUUUGUUAAAUCAUAAGCAUUUGGGGUUUGGGUGAUGAAGAAUUUGUUUAAUAGGAGAUGAACUUUAUUCGUUUGUCUUGUGAUGGAGUCACUUUGGAUGUUGAUCAAUAUCCAAAGUGACUCCAUUGUGAGACAAAUGAGUAAAGUUCAUCUCCUAUCUUACACCACAAUGAACAAUAACCACAUAUUUCAUAAUAUAAUUUGUUUAAUAAUGAUUAUUUUGAGCACAGAACAGUAAAUCUCCUGACCAUGUGAACCACUAAGCUUUUUUUAAUACAUUUUAUGUAGCAUAGUGGUGUGGAGGAGGGCAGAAAAACACAUAGAUCACAUCAGUUUCUGUCAUGGGUCUUGACUCACACCUUUUUCAUCUAGGCUGAUAGCUCAGUAUAUCUUUGAUACAAGUUUCUUGAAAGGCUAGCAAAUUUGUUGGCACAGUCCUAGGUUUGUAAUGAUUUUUAUUAACAAUUAAAUGAGCAUUGUUUUCCCUCCGACAUACAUUUUGGAUUCUUAAUACAAUGAAAUUAAUGAUAAAAAAGAAGAUUGUUUUCCCUCUGACUUAAAUUUUGGAUCCUUAAUACAAUGAAAUUAACGAUACAUUCUUUUAUUUAGACAGAUUAAUAAUAUUUUGUCCUUGUGCAACCCUUAUAAAUCCUGUAUCAAAGGGACUCUAGACUAAAACAUUUCAAACUUUUUACUGCCCCUACACAGGUUGUCCAACACAGGCCUUUUAUGGAUAUUUUUGUUUAUGUACCUUUUGUUUUUGCAGAGUACAUUUGUCACGUCUUUGUGAGAUCAGAUUCUCUCGGAGGAGUUAUUAUUUCUGACAAUGAAUAUCCACAAAGAGUUGUUUUUACCUUGUUAAAUAAAGUAAGCGUUCCAUUGUCAGUAGGGAGAGACGUGUUUGGAGUUAUGUUUGUAUUACAUUGAUAGUGUGUAUAUAUGUGUAGCCAGCACAAAGCUUGGCUUAGUGAUAACCUCUGAACAUUUUCAGCACUCUUUCUCUCUAUAGGUUAACUCUUUCAGACAUUCUCUUUUUACUCAGCUUCCCUAUUCUAUGAUUUUAAAAAAUAUAUAUAUGAUUUUAAAAAUGCACUCUGUUUGAAAGGAAGCACAAUGGAGGAGGUUUUUUGCAUUCCUGUUUUUUUUGUUAUUGACUCUUAGUAAUUUACCCUAGAUGUGUUAAGUUACUGGAAGUCCACUGGAAAUUUGCUCUUUUAUUAAUACAGUGGAACCUUCAUCCAGGGGACACUCUAAGGACUUAAAAAAUUGUUCCUCUUAAGAUGUUAACAUAUAAAUAAAAGUUGUUCUUUUUUAAAUGUGCCGCCAUAGUAGAAGUCCUUAGAGCUAAUGACCUUCUGGUCACUUUCAUCAGACUCCAGAUUUGUUCUUAAUUCUUAGUUUGUAGUCUGCAAUGUAAUGUGUUUAGUUACAUGUACAACUGAUAAUGAUGUUGUAUGUUUUAACAUUUUAUUCCAUUUUCUAAUGCAAAAUUUAAAAGGUUUUAGAAGACUUUUCUCAGAAAAUAUCCCCAUCAGUUUGGAAAACAGCUGAACCAAAGUAAGCUCUUGUUAAAUAUGUUUGAUUUUCAGGCAUUGUAGUGAGUGUAUGCUGCAUUGAAUGAAACAUUCAGUGCUGUAUUUUAACAAUAAAUCUUCUUGUAAUGCUUAUGGCUUUGAUCAGUGAUAUGGUGUGGAAGGAUGGUUCCAUAAUACUUCCUUGUGAAAUUGAAGUCAGUUAAUGUUUGUCAUAGGUCAACAUAAUUAAUAAUAUUUAGUUUUUCUUACAAGGGGCUGAACACAAUUAGACCCAAAGGAAAGUUUCAUCCUGUAUGAUGUUUCUGAUGUGUUUAACUCUUGUCAAUUUCUAGUACAAUAGUCUGGCCAGAAUGUGAGAAAUAUUUGCAAGAUUAUCAGGUACACAGGUCUUGAUUUUAUAAUGGUUACAUGUAGAUCAUAUUGUAAGGUGUGAGUCUUUUGUCAGUUUACUCUCUUUGCUGGAAAUCAUUCCCAAUGUCAAGAAAGGAAUCCUUUUCCUUCGGAAGAAGUUUCUACACUAUGGCUUUGGGGAUUGAAAACAAGAAAAAAAACAAAACAAAACAAAAAACUUGGGAACUAAAUAAUCUAAAUUCUUGACAAGUUUUGGCUUUCUUGACAAGUUCAUCUUAAGUAUGAUAUUUAUUAAUUGUUGAUUGCAAACAAACCAAAGAAAAAGGAAAGUAUAUAAACUUGUUUGUAGAUAUGUUGAUUCACUUGAUUUAUGCAUUAAAAACUCUUUAAUUUCCAGAAGUAAUUAAUCUGUAACUUUUCAUUGUGAUUCCAAUAUUUUAUCCUGCUAACAAGUUAUGAGAACAGACAUGGUAAUCAGCUAGCAGGGGUUAUCUUGAUGUAACACCAAAUUCUCUAGCCUGAUUUGCUUACUUGAAAUAUGAUUAAGUGGUAUUAGACAUAAUCUUUUUUAAUUAUUGCUACAGAAUCCAAGAGAAGCUGAUGCUAUGACUAAAGUACAGGCAGAACUGGAUGAAACAAAGAUAGUUUUAGUAAGUGCUCCACACAAAUUUGUUUUCACUACUGGCAAUUUGCUGAAAGGACUGCUCCAGCUUUGGGGCCAUUUUAGUAUUGGUAGUAAGGAGAUGGCGAGGGUUUACUUAUGAAGCAUAGAUGCAACCUCUGGGUAGAAAAUGAGGGAGUGACUUACAAAUACAUGGAAAUUUGGAAUUUUUUGCUUUUAUGUAAGGACUAGAAUUGUGGUUUAAAAACUUAGUAGGUCAAAGAAAAUUUUCAAUACAGUAUAUGUGGUUGUAAGAUUGUUACUAUCAACAGACAACUAGUGCAGAUUUCAAGUGAUCCUUAUCUGCCUGCUGCCUUAUGACUAGAUCAUGGCUUCUUUUAAGCUGUUCUCAGCCCUCUGUUGUUACAUUUUUCCUUCAAUUGUGUAAAAGUGUAGUUCAUCCAGUUGUGAGUAGUCUUAACAAGGACUAUUGUUAGUAUCAGUGAGUGAGUCGAAUUAAACUAAGGAUUUAUUAGUCAAUCAUUUCAAGUUUAUUUCAUCAAAACAGAUUGGUCAGUUUUGUCACAAUAUUAUUGUCUUUAAGAUUAAUUAAAAUUGGUUUAUUUAAUGUAAGGUUGGUCAGAUCCUAUCAUUCAAAGUUCAUUCAAAAGGGUGCAGUCAUUCUGUAUUUGUCAAGAAUAAGUUGUUUAUGCUAAAUGACUACUCACCUUGGCCCAGUAGUUUAAAGGGUGGAUAAUGCUAUCCAGAUGAUAAGUGUUAACAAAAGUACUGCACUAUCUAAUUGAGAACAAUAUCCAUUCUGGAACAACCAGAGCCUGAAUGAUAAGACUACAUAAUCAAAUGUUAUUAUAAAGUUAAAGCCAUACACUAUGAGACACUCUUUAGAAUUAUUACAUUAGAUUCUGCAACAUUUUCAAAUCAACUAUAACAUCUGUUGGACUUUAAUUGCCCUUCCUUGUUGAGGUGUAGGUAAAUUUUGCCUAAAUCAACUCAUGAAAUUUCAUCACUAUCCCCUUAAUAUUUGCCAUCCAUUUAUUUACAGCACAACACAAUUGAAGCUGUGCUAGAGAGAGGAGAGAAACUUGAUGAUCUUGUAGAAAAAUCUGAAGGACUAACCAUGCAGUCAAAAGCCUUCUACAAAACAGUGAGUCAUUUCACAAAACUACUAGUGCCUUACCAAACAGUUUUAAACAACAGCCGCAAUUUAAGUUACCUCAUUGCUGUCCCACAUGAUUGGACUAGAAACUAUUCUUCAAAACAAUUUGAGGGUAAUUAGUUGCAAACAACUAAGCUUUGUAGCAGUAUACAGAGAAACCACAGACAAAAGUUUGUUUAUGUUGGUAAUAGGAUUAGGAUAAUAAGUUUCCAUCUAUUCAGUUAUUGCUUAAGUACAAACCAAAAAGUCACCCACCAUAGCCUCAUGACCCUUCCAUUAAUUCUACAAUUUCUGCACUAUUCAGUCCAGUGAUAAAUAUUAUCAUUCAUUAUUCUACAAUUGCAUGAUUUUACCAUAAAAGGCAUUUUAACAUGCAAAAUAUGCCCUAAUAUUGCACUGUAGAACAGGGCAAAUAAAAAAAUAGAAAGUAGAGAAACAAAAUGGCUGCACUGAAUGGUUUGAACUCUACUUUUUUCUGUUUUUGUAGGCUUAGCCUUUCAACCUUCAAAUCUUUUAAGUAUUUCAGAUUUUUUUGUUGGCCAUAAUCACACUUUUGUGGUAAAGCUCAAGUUGUCUUCUGUCAGUCACACAUGCCUUGUGCUGUGGAUUCAAUGUUUACACGAGGCCCUAAGAUGUAUAUUGAACACUAGAAGCUAAUUGAAAAUACUGGAAAUUGAAAUAAUAGAGGAAUAAUAAAUACCUGAUUUGAUGGUUGAACUUAUAAUACAAGCUGACAUUUCACUCCCAGAAUAUCCCUCUAUAUUAUAUGUUAAAGUCUUACCAACAUACCACUUCUAUCCAACGUAGGGAAUUUUUUUUAUCUCUGUUCAAACAGGCAAAGAAGACAAAUUCAUGUUGCAGUAUACAAUGAAUAACAACAAGGAAUUGUCACAGAGGAUUAUUAUUUUUGUACAUAGAUAGUGUUUUAGGACUUCUGGGACUGAACAGAAAUUGUUUCAAGGGAGAAAUGUGUAGCUAUUAAUUGAAAACCUUCACUAGAGUUUAGGUCAUCAGAAACUCAGCGAAGCAUUGACCAUGUAUUGCCUCACUCCUCCUUCCCCCUCACCUCCACCCUCUUGACAAACAGUAAGGCAAUUAUCAUUUAAAGAAAAACAAUACAGACUUGAAAGAAAUGUGUAUAUUUCAGCCGUGCUAUAUGCAAUACCACAACUUAUUUUGUAAAUCUCUGUAUUUCCAAAAGUAAUAAUGGGAUAAUGGGAGGAUAAAUAAAGUUCAAGUUGUUAUGUACAACUAAAGUAUGAGCACAACCAUGUCCAAGUUAGUUGAUCGUACCUCACUCUGUACUCAGAGGCAAAAAAAAAAAAAAGAAAAUGCAUUUUAAGUUUAUUCAGUUGCAUAGCUUUGCUUAACAUUGCAGCAUGAAACAAGAAGAAGCAGUCAUUUCAAAAACAUUUAUUGACAUUGUAUUAUCAAGUACAGAGUAUUAUGGCCUUACAAAAUUAAUAUCACAGGACAUAAAGGAAUAAAUUGGCACCAAAAGUUUGACAAAAUGUCAUGAAUGGAUACUCCACAUCCCUCCACAAUCAUAGAAAGAUAGAUGGCCCAUCUAAAACAGUGGAACUGAAACAGAAAGUAACCACAAAAGCAUUCAUUUUAAACCACCAAAAAAAAAAAAUAAUCAGCACUGUACUCCCUCUUGUAACUUCUUCUGAAGCUUAGUUUUGACCUUGAAAUUCUUAAAAAAGUCAUUCUGAAAAUUAACUAAUACUUCUGUACCUAUCCAUCAAAUAGCCCCCCUGGAGCAGGUGCCCUAAACACUAUCAGAUAAGCAACAUAUUGAACGCAAAUUUGGAAAAAGG